UAGCUAAGCACACACAGUUCUGCACUACUACUACUCCAUUACCUAAUCUCUUUCACUUCAGAAUACCACACACCAUUCAAAUUACUGCUUACUUACAUACUAAUCAUGGCCGCCGCUAGAGCGAAUUGGCUUGCUGCCGCUGCCAUACUCUCCCUUCUGUUCCUUUCCAACGCUGACACAAUGAUCAAUGUUGAAGCGGCGGGACGUCGAGGUGGUGGCAGAGGCGGCAGUGCCUGCGGGAAGACACCAAUAGGGGCUGCAGCGGCGAGCCUGAGCCCUUGCUUGAGCGCUGCUCGGAACGCCAGGGCAGCUGUGCCGCCGGCCUGCUGCUCCAAAGUCGGCGGGCUGAUCAAGGCGGCUCCCAAGUGCCUUUGCGCCGUGCUGCUGUCCCCCUUGGCCAAGCAGGCUGGAAUCAAUCCUGGGGUCGCCAUCACCAUCCCCAAACGCUGCAACAUUCGCAACCGCCCGGCUGGGAAGAAGUGUGGAGGCUUCACCCUUCCAUGAGCUAGCACCGCUGGGUUCCCGGGGCUGCCUUGCGUGGGAAGUAAUCGCAGUUCCAUUAUUUCAGAACUGCCGCAGGCAUUGCUAGUUGCUUGCUGUAGAAGGAAAAAGAGUGUCAAAUAAAGGGUUGCCCUUGUA